AUGAACGCCUCCGCAACAAUACGCAGCGCGUACGUUCGCGCAUCAGUGAUGCACAUGCGGCCACCCGGGAUGCAACCUUCUAGCACCCUUGAGCGUCGCCCCAUGAACACCGAAAAGCUACGCGAGUUCAAGAAAGUAGACCAUCUACAACAUCGAGAAGACUGCGAUAAAGAGCGCGCCGUCGUGACAACGGAACAAAUCGGACAGAGCCCAAGCGCCGAUGCAAACGACAAGCAAUCAUUCAUGGAAUUUGACGAAGAAGAAACUGCAAGCUCUCGCAUACGCAAGAUGCUCACCAGAUUCCCUUACCGCGAUCCCAUCUAUCUCGUUGCGAUUGUCUUCGCACUUGGAAGUCUCGACCUUGUCAUCAACGCCUUCUUCGACCUCCUCCCUCGCACUGCCCCCGAAACAGAGUUUGAAGCAGAAGAGACCGUCGCUGUACCUGCGACAGUGUUGGUUGGCUCGAUAUUGUUCUUCGCAGCCGGCAUCUUCGACGUGUUCGGUGCCCUAAACGCGGACCGUGGAACACUCGAGACAUCGAAGGAGGACCUUGGAGCAGUGACUUAUAAACCUGCAUUGCUCGGCUCUCCAGAGUUCAAAUGGUUGCCGUCGAGGACCAAAUUCACCGAGCUGUCGACGACAAGCCUAGCGUUUCAAGCCGGGCUCAUAGUCCUUUUCGGCGGCGUGAUCUUCAUGUUCGCAGGCAUUGUUGACUUUCCCGGCAUUGUUCCUGAAGAAUCGCCACUGUUCGCUUCCAUCGUGUUCGGACCCCAGGUCAUUCAUGGGUUACUGUUUCUCGUCGCGAAUGCGAUGCUUGCUAUAAGUGAACAGGAAAAGUGGUACAUUCCGAAGAUAACGGACCCUGACUGGCAGGGAGCGUUUCUGAACGCCAUUGGUGGCUUUUGGUUUAUGAUGGCUGGAUUCUUCUUGUUUCAAAAAGAUGAGCUCGCAGCAGCAGCAGCUUCUAUGGCGGGGAGCUGGACGUUCCUGGUAGGGAGCGUAGUGAGGUGGUACGUGGUAAUGGAAUUCUGUUGA